AGAAUUGAUAAGAGUAAGAGUCGCCUUUUCUUUUGGUUCAAGCUUUGGGCAUGUUUGGGCUUGUACGUCAUGGCAAGACCACCAGACAAGUACCAAAAGCUCGACACGAUUGGCAAGGGAUCCUGUGGAGUAGUUUCUCGAUACCGGUGCAUGCAGACUGGAAACAUUGUUGCGAUCAAGAAGGUAAGAUUUUCCUACUUGAAUGAUGGAGGGGAAGAACCAGCUGAUCCCGCUCUACAAGAACAGCGGAUGUGUAUGUUUGGUGCAAGUUCCCAGGCGUUGCGGGAAGUUUCUCUCUUGAGGCAACUAGGUGAUCAUCCCGCCAUUGUACCUCUUUUGGAUGUUUUUACUGAGCGUGGGUUGGUCUACAUGGUAUUCACGCAAAUGGAUCGCGAUCUGGGCAAUCAUCUGCAAGAGGUUGGGAGGUUACCUCUUUCAAGUCUGAGACGAUAUGCAUUUCAACUGUUGAGUGGCCUGGCACACUGCCAUUCACGGUGCAUAUCACAUCGGGAUGUUAAGCCUCAAAACAUCUUGAUCAAACUCAAGACAGAUGAAGUCAAGCUUUGUGAUUUCAGCUUGAGUAGACUGGAAGCUACGUAUUCACGAGAGAAGCAGACCCAACGGGUUGCAUCGCUUUGGUAUCGCAGCCCCGAGAUCUUCUUAGGCGCAGAAACAAAAGGCACGCCAGUUGAUCUUUGGUCAGCUGGCUGCGUCAUUGCAGAGAUGGCAACAUCCAAGCCAAUUUUUCCUGCGAGGUGUGAGAUUGGCAUGCUUUUUUGUCAGUUCGACUUGCUUGGAACACCCACAGAGGCCUCUUGGCCUGGGGUGACAGGAUUGCCCUACUGGUCCGAGAAAUUUCCAAACUGCUCAGGACAGGACCUGUCAAUGGUACUGAUCUUAGACACAGUUACAUUGAACUUGCUGGCAGGCAUGCUUUGUUGCAAUCCUUCGCACCGACAUGCUGCAGGGGUCUUGCUUGGCCAUCCGUGCUUUCUUGCUCUUGACAAAACGCCACCACCAAGCAGCAUGGCUCAUGAAAGAGCGGCCAAAGAUGUACAAGACAUCCAAGAUGUGCAAGAUGUGCGAGUGAAGUUGCCAAAUCUCAGGAUGCAGGACAGCACGACGGGUACUGGGAUGGGCCAGAUGGGUACUCAAGUGGGUGCUCAAUUGCAAGUUGACGAGAGUCCAAGAAGGUCGCAUCGGUCACCAUCUGUACAAGAGGAGCUAUCCUUCAGUCGAUUCUUUGGUCAAAAUGACCCGAGCCAGACCCAAAAGCGUCUCAAAGCACAGACAAGCGUUGAAAGAGGUGUGCAGAAUCACUCUGGGCUCCUUGCUGAAGAGUGGAAUCACAACACUCAGGCGCGUUCUGUGCUAUGGUAAGGAAGUGGAGGCCGCGUCCUUCCAUGGUAUUUACAAGAAAGCAGCUUGGUCAAGUGGUCUUUGACUUCGUUGACUGGCCGCCAAUCUUGUGGUCGUCCAAGUCUGAGAAGAGGCUGCCUUCUGGGGUGCUGGGUCUGAGCAGAGAUUAAUUCUGAUCAUUCCCAAUGAUGGCAUGUCCUCAUCUCAGUGCCGGCGUACUUUGCAUGUUUCAAGCGCCAGUUGGUGUUUUUGGAGCUUGAUCUAAUUGCUCGACAUGGUGAAGCCCCUGCAGAGACUUGCCGCCUUCGUUGUCUUGUUUUGGGGAGAA